CGUUGCCGGAAGUGGGGCAAGCGAGAUUUCGCAUCCGAUUUCCGGCAAUAUGGCGGCGGCCUGCGAGAUGGUUCUGAUUAAUUCCGCCUGUCACCCGUAGCCUGCAGCGGAGUCCCGACACCGACAUGACUGGCUGAGGGCUGCCGGCCCCGAUUCGAUUGGAGUCGGAGCGUGUGUUUGGGGGGUUCGCUUGUUAUUUGUUACCCCCCCGCCGCCCGCCUCCCCGGACUGUGUGGGGCCCGCAUUCAUACUUACCAAAUGGGGAGGUGGGGAAUGAGCAGCCUGUGGGCAGAGCGGACGGGAGAUCCAAGCUGGAGCUGAGGAGUCUCCCCCUUUGGGCAGGUGUGCAACCAAAAGUUUCUUUUUAUGCAGAAAAUAUUUCAAUUGCCGUCAAGAUGCCUGAAGUGGCCACAGCCGUUUCUUCUGCUGAAAUGUCCAGUCCACCUGUGGCUGAGAGUUGGUGUUAUACCCAGGUCAAAGUGGUGAAAUUCUCCUACAUGUGGACCAUAAAUAAUUUCAGUUUUUGCCGAGAAGAAACCGGUGAAGUUUUAAAAAGUUCCACCUUUUCAUCAGGACCUAAUGAUAAACUGAAAUGGUGUUUAAGGGUUAAUCCAAAAGGUUUAGACGACGAGAGCAAAGAUUACUUGUCCUUGUAUUUACUUCUCGUCAGCUGCCCAAAGAACGAAGUGCGGGCGAAAUUCAAGUUUUCCCUCCUUAACUCCAAGAAUGAAGAGACAAAAGCAAUGGAAAGCCAGAGAGCCUAUCGCUUUGUUCAGGGCAAAGACUGGGGUUUUAAGAAAUACAUUAGGCGAGAUUUUUUACUUGACGAAGCUAAUGGUCUGUUACCAGAUGAUAAGCUUACACUGUACUGUGAGGUGAGCGUCGUCCAAGACUCCGUAAACAUAUCGGGCCAGUCGAGCUCAAACAACCUAAAAGUACCGGAAUGCCGACUGGCGGAGGAUAUGGGGUAUCUCUGGGAAAACCGAAGAUUCACAGACUGCAGCCUCUUUGUAGAAGGGAAGGAAUUUAAGGCUCAUAAAUCUAUUCUUGCAGCUCGCUCCCCUGUAUUUAGUGCAAUGUUUGAGCAUCCCAUGCAAGAAAGUAGAAAGAAUAGGGUGUACAUCCGUGAUGUGGAUCCCGAAGUGUUUAAAGAAAUGAUGAGAUUCAUUUACACGGGAGGAGCACCUCAUCUGGACAUGAUGGCAGAUAAAUUGUUGGCAGCGGCAGAUAAAUAUGCACUGGAAAGACUUAAAGUCAUGUGUGAAGAGUCUUUGUGCAAUAACCUCACAGUGGAGAAUGUUGCCGAUGUUCUUAUCCUCGCAGAUUUGCACAGCGCUGAACAGUUGAAAGCACAAGCUAUAGACUUCAUUAACAGAUGUAGCGUUCUUGGCCAAUUGGGAUGUAAGGAUAGGAAAAAUUGCAAUAGCAACCAAACGAUGGACAUAAUGGAAACAGCUGGCUGGAAAUCCAUGAUCAAAUCCCAUCCGCACUUAGUAGCAGAGGCCUUCCGAGCUCUCGCGUCCGCACAGUGUCCUCCUUUUGGAAUUCCAAGAAAGCGGCUAAAACAGUCGUAACUUUCCCUUCGGACUUCUUUCACCUUAUAGACUUUGUGGCUCAGUGUUCAGAACUGAUUUACUAAACAAGCAGAUGAACGUGUAUUUUUGUUCUGUUCUCCACAUUCGCUCUCCGGUUCUCCUGACCUACAGAAGAAACAAUACCCCGGUUCCUUAUCAGACGGAAGCCACAGUUUUACAUUGGAUCAGUUGCUAAAUGGCCUAAAAUUCCGUUUUAAAAUUUUCGCUCUGAAUCAUUUUACCCACGCCAAGUUUUUUCUCCCCACUUUUUUUUCUCAAAGGGGAUCUCCAGCCAAAUCCUCUUGUUUUUUUUUUCUUUUGCAUAUAAAAGGAAAAUGUAAUUAAGCAACUUUCCAAUAAAGAUUAAAACCAGCGACUUGAAUGUAAUUGCAAUUGAAUGCAUUAUUUUUCUGUCCCUUUCUCUUCUCUGCACGGUUGGAUCUCACUCUUGUCACAGUGCGGCAGAAGUCGGCUGGCUAAUGGGCUUUGAGCAGGCCUGGCUUCUGCAAGAGUCAGAACCAACAGUGUAGAGAAUAGAAAGGGACAGGGAUACCACUUUCAAUUGCAAUCACAAAAUGUGGCCAAAUAUAUUCCGACACCACAUUGACUAAGCCACAUCCGUCAUUGUGCCACAGGUACCACCACAUCGUACGGUGACGUCCUUAACCAUUCCGUGCCUUCUGCUUUGUGGAGAGGACAGACCCUUCCUGUUUCAGCACAACAGUGAUUCUGUUCAUGAAAAAAAGGUCCAUACAGAACUGGUCUGCAGAGAUGGAAGUGGAAGAACUUAACUGGCCAGACCAGAGCCCAGUGGAACACUUUGGACUUUUAUAAACAAAGGCAAAUCUCUCCAACCAUGUUCCAACAUCUGGCGGAAGUCCUUUCCAAGAAGAGUGGAGGCUGUUAUAUCAACACAGACAGUUUAUUUCCAUUGGUUUUGGAAUAAGAUGUUGGGCAGGCAGGUGUGCCCAUAUAUUUGGCCAUAGAGUUUACAUUUACAAAUAACUUGAAGACCGUUAAACGUUUUUAAUGUAUAUUGGAAAGUUAUUUCCUUUCAUAAUGCAAAAAAAAAAAUGGGCCUCCCCAUGCAGGGUUUUUGGUUCCUCAUUGGUUCUGGUGUAGAUUUUAAAGAGAAGAUUUAAUCCAAAAGAGAGGGAGGAUCAUUUCAUCACAGAAAGCUAAUGCCUUCGGGUCGUGGCACACUCGGUGUCUUCUCCGCCCAAAGGCCGCUUGUGGAGAAUUUGCCAGGUGUGCCGUACACCAUAAAAAUGGCGCUGCCUACUGCACAUCUAAAAGCAGAUCUUUGAGACUUUUAAGUUAAUGUUGUUUUUCCCCAUUCCUGAUUUUUUUUUUUUUUUUUUAGUCUUGUUCAAUCCUAACCCAGUGAUUCCCAACCAGUGGCUCGCAGGCAGCAUGGUGCUCACCAACCCCUUGGAUGUUGCUCCCAGUGGCCUCAAAGUUGGUGCAAGCAUAAAAUCAAGGUGUACUGCCAAGCAGAGCCUUCUCUAGGCUACCGGUCAACUCCGGGGUUGCCAAUUGCAGCCCUUUUUUUGCACCCCCAGAAACUUUUUUUAUUCUUGUGUUGCUCCCCAACUCUUUUUAUAUUUCAAUGUGGCUCUUGUCAAAAUGGUUGGGGACCCCUGGUGUAAACUAGGGAUGCACCAAAUCCCGGAUUCGGUUAGGAAUUCGGGCCGAAUCCAGGCUUUUUUGAAGGAUUCGGUUUCGGGAUUCGGCAGAAUCCGUCAGGGUGGGUUCGGGGGGUUCGGCCGAACCCAAAAAAGUGGGGCCGGUGCAUCCUUAGUGUAAACGCUGUCCUUCUGACGCAAAUCUCCAACAAACAGCCUUUAUGUUGAGGAGCAGUGAGUAUAUCCUCCCCUGGCCAAACAAUAUAAGCACUUUCAAAAACAAAAAAUGUCUAAUUUGUUUGUCCAGAAAUAAAAUGUGUUUUACAAAUCCAAAUUGAAGGCCUAUGAAAUAGUUAAGUUAAACUACUUGUGGGGGUUUUUUUUUAAAAUUUUUUUAAUUUUUUUUUAAUCUUUCUGUUCCCUCCCCCCCCGAUUAUUCAAGGUGAUAUAGUUACUUUUUUUUUUGUUACAUUUGGGUCAGUGAUUUAGGAUGUGCCUAAACUUCUUUAUUUUCCAAACAGAAAUGUUGGGAGAUAUUC